UAUUUUGUUUAAAGAGUUAGUUGCCGCAUAAAAUCGCGUGACACAUUACACAUGUCAAUAUUUAAUUAACAAUAAUUUUUUUUUUUUUAUAAUUAUUUUACAUGUACUGUGUUUUUUCUUACGUGUACAAGUGCAUAUACCAAAUGAAAAUAUUUAAUUCACGCAAAUGACGCCACUCACUGAAUCAUCCGCAAGAAUAAUAAACAAGGUUAUAAAUAAAAAUUUAAUAAAAUUAAAAUAUCAUCGAUAUUGAGUGAUUUUAAUCAAAAGAUGACGACAGUACCGAGAGGCCAAAAUUUUUCAGCUUGUUAUAUAGAUUUAUGUAAACAGCACCGUGUGCGCCCAUUGCCAGUAAUUUGCGUAUCAUUGCCGCACAGAUUAGAUUUUACAACCGAUCGCGUAAAAAUGGAUGACUGGAUACCGAUACUGAAUUCGCUGUCUCUCGACCGUACAUUGAAAUCCGUAAGCGUAAGAAGUAAAUAUCAAUUGCGGAAGCCGCUCGAAGAAAUAAAUUCCGAAGGUAAAGUUCGUGCCGCGGCGGCAAAUUCAAAUACAAUUAAAAAGAGACCGGUAGUAUUAACCCGGUAUUUAUUAGAGUGUUUGAGCCACAGCGUAGCGCAGUGCAUCAGAAAUUCAAAUGCAUUGACGUGUCUUGAACUUGAAGGAGUGCCCUUGCCGACAGAUUGUCUGGCUGCACUGUGUGUUGGUCUUGCAAGUACAGUAACACUUGAAUAUUUAUCACUCGAACGUUGCUACAUUGGUGACAACAGUUGCGCAAUGAUUUGCCGUACAAUUGCUGAUGUACAGAGCAUAAGAUCGCUUAAUUUAAGUCACUGUGAUUUGAGUUCUAGUGCUGGUCCUGCUUUGGCAUCAGCACUGAGCCGCCAAAAGCUCGUCCUCUAUCAUGACACCUGGAAGAAUUCACUGAGAUAUCGUGAGCCGAACUUGGAAGUGAUGCCGGGCUUAAGACGAUUGACGUUAAAUGGAAAUCCUUCGUUAGGUGACACCGCAAUUGCACAGGUUAUCGACGCAAUACAAGACAGCUUGUGGCUGAAAGCACUGGAUCUACAAACUUGCGGGUUAACAGACGCUAUUGGUAAUAAAAUAAUUGAAUUACUUUAUCAUAAUAAGACAUUGCAAGUUAUUGAUGUUAGAUCUAAUUGUCGUCUGAGUGAGAAUAUUGUGAGAGAUAUUUUUGAAAAGUUGGAUCAGAACAACGCAGGCUGUAGACUGGAGUACAGAUUACUGGCUGCUAAAGAGAGUAAGCAUAAGAAAUUUAUUAGCGAUGACAGAGACAAAAACAAUAAGAAUAAUGAAAACAAUAUCAAAGUAAGACCGAAGACUGUUGCUAGAAAUAAACGCGUUGUUAAGACGCGGUUUAAUCGCACUCGCGUUCCGGUGAUAAAUAAACCUGUUACGAGAUCACUGCCGUCUAUUGUUAAAAAAAAUUCAGCGAUGGAUAAAAACAUGGAGAUCAAACAAGAGCAAAUGAAGCAACGGCUGCACUUGGAUCUUGAGUCGCAUAUUAGGUCGACAAAGUCACAAGUUGAUGAUGCAGAUGAUGAGUACCAUAGUGUUUUGAUGCAGCUGUCUGAGGCGAAAGCAAAGAUAAAUAAACUGGAGAUGGAGUUACAGGAAGAACGAACCCGCAGACACGUGAUCCAGCGUUUGUGGUCGCGGAAAGUCGCCAAGGAAAAAGCGACUGAUCUCAAUGAAGAGUCUGGACAAGAUAAAUUGAUAAGCAAAGCCGAUGAAAAACCGCGAGUUGAUUUAAUUAUAAAGAAAAUAAAAUCGGAAAAAAUUUAUCGUGAGAAAAAGUCGCCGAGUAAAUUAUCCAAGUCGGAGAACGACAUGAAAAUUUAUGUGCCUUCAAUCCAAGACGCCAUUCCAGUGGAGAAAAAUAUCGGCGACCACCGUGACCACAGUUCACUACUGAUGUCUUUGCCUUCUUCGUCCGCCUCAUCUGCAUCCUCAUCUUCGUCGUCGUCGUACGAAAAAAGUUACUGCAAUAAAAAUUUAAAAACUCCCUCAUCAGCGUGCGAACGCGCCCGCGCGAUUUUUGCUCAGAUAAUAAACAGUGACAUAGCACUAAACCUGGACACCAACACCAGCUAGCACCUGGAUACCCAUCAAUCAAUGUGUAUUUUUAUCAAGAGUAAAACGUCGUGUCGAGUAUAAUAAUAGCCAAUGAUGUGUAUGGUCAAAGAGUUUCAAAUUAUUAGGCGCCCUGGCGAUUUAAGAUUCGACGUUUGUCAUAUAAUAUUUAUACAUAAUUUAUACAUAAACUAAAUAUUAAAAGAUCUCUUAGCAAAAAAAAUUUUUAUGUAAAAUGAUUAAUUAUUUUGAUACUCUGUAUUACGUUAUUCAAUAUACCGUUGAUACG